UUCUGAAGUCCCAUCGUUACAAUUGCCGGAAUUCGCUGUCAACUCAGAUCCUCUCUGGUUAAAGCUUCAAAUCUGCUUCUUCCAUCUCAGUUUCGUUGUAUUUGACUCUCGCAAAGCUUCGUGCUCGCCGAAUUGUUCAUGUCUGGAGCAAUUAACGGACACUCGCCGGAUUCCGGCGGCCGGAGGAGCUUCAUGGAUCUGGCCAGGUCGCUGGGGCGCGAAGAGAUUCUGGAGAUUCUGUCCGGCGGAUUGUGCGGACACUGCGAGGGAGUUCUGCAGACUCGAAUUGAGAACCUCAAACAAAACAAUUCAACUGUAACAUCUUCAUCAGCUGAUAAUGGCAAGGCUGGCAGUACAGAGUUCUGUUCUGUCGAUUCAUCAGACGCAGCUUCUAGUGGUUGUAAUGGUGUCAGAUUAGACCGGAAUUCUCCCGCAUUCGUUCCAUCGGGUUGUCCAGAUUUGAUUGAAUCGAAGUACUUGAACCGGGCCAAGAAGUUUGAUUCUGAUUCAUCAUCACUAUCUGACAGUGGAAAGAACGAAACCACAGAUUUAUUUUGGGGCAACUCAUCGGACUGUGUUUCCAAUGACAGAAGGUUAGAUUCACCAUCUCCACCACCGGGCAAUCCUCGCGGGAAUGAACCGAGUUACUUGAACCUGUUCAUGAAAGCCGAUUCUGAUUCGUCUUCAUCACCUGCAUCAGUUAAUUGCAAACAAAAACCAGUGAGUAACCCAAACAUUGACAUAUGCCUUAAUGAUGGACUUAGUAGAAGAGAAGCAUCUCAAGAUGACAAGGGAUUAUCCGAGGAACAAAAGGAACACAUUAGAUUGGCACAAGUCAAGAGGAAGAAGGGCUUCGUCCAUUACGAGAAGGUAGAGGGUAGAAAAGUAAAUGUGCUCGAUGGUCUCGAGUUGCAUAGCCAAGUUUUCAAUGCUGCGGAGCAAUCGGAGAUUGUUGAAUCUGUUUAUAAGCUGCAGCGUAUGGGACAACAAGGACAACUUAGAGAGAGAACAUAUACUGAGCCAAGAAAAUGGAUGAGGGGUAAGGGGCGAGCAACGAUUCAGUUUGGAUGCUGUUACAACUAUGCAGUGGACAAAAACGGUAACCCUCCGGGCAUACUCAGAGAGGAAGAGGUGGACCCUCUGCCACCCAUAUUCAAGAAAAUGAUCAAACGGAUGGUGAGGUUUCGCGUUCUGCCCCCAACAUGUGUUCCCAACAGCUGCAUAGUCAACAUAUAUGACGAGGGCGACUGCAUUCCUCCCCAUAUUGACCACCAUGACUUUGUUAGACCCUUCUGUACAGUCUCCUUCUUGUCCGAAUGUAAUAUUCUUUUCGGCUCAAGUUUGAAGAUUGUCAGCCCCGGAGAAUUUUCUGGUCCUGUUUCUAUACCUCUGCCUGUUGGGUCUGUGCUCAUUCUACAAGGCAACGGAGCUGAUGUUGCAAAGCAUUGUGUACCGGCCGUUCCUUCUAAAAGGAUCUCUGUGACUUUCAGGAAAAUGGACGAAAGUAAAUUGCCGUACUGCUUUAGACAAGACCCAGAGCUGUCAAAGGUUGUCCCUCUGGUUCGUCGUCCUCAGCCCAAAGAACCAUCCCGGGAAACCAAUGGCGGGAACCGAAGUGUGGGCCCCGCACAAAACAAUCUCGCUUCGAGCGAAGAAUACCCUCCCCUCGGAAGCGUCAGCUCUUCCAAGAGGCGCACGAGCAGCAAAAGCAGUCGCUAGUGUUUUUCGGGCUGGGUUGCUGAAAUGAAUCUGGUUGUAAAACUAGUGAUAUUUCUUUUUUUUUUGGGUAGCAUUAAUGCAUUUUUUAGUUUUUUUUUUGCACUUUCAAUUAUUUGAUCAAUAUGUAUUCUGUAUUUCUGUUCUGUAACUCUAUAAGGCCAAAUAAGACAGGUAGCAUUGU